AUGGCUCCAGAGCUCUGUCAGACGGAACUUGUUAAAGAAGACAGGAUGGAGAACAAUCUGUCGCUUCACUGCUGGCUGAAGCUGCUUACCAAGGAGUACACAAUGGAGUUCCAAGGAGACAACUCAAGUCUUGUCGUACGUAUCUUGAUAGCAUGUGUCUACUCCAUUGUGUGUGCUCUCGGACUGGUAGGCAACUCCUUGGCUCUCUACUUGCUACACUCACGCUACCGGCAGAAGCAGUCAUCUAUUAACUGUUUUGUGAUGGGACUGGCCAUAACAGACCUCCAGUUUGUUUUGACUUUACCCUUUUGGGCAGUGGAUACGGUCCUGGACUUUCGCUGGCCUUUUGGUCGUGUCAUGUGUAAAAUAGUCAGCACUGUAACCACUAUGAACAUGUACGCCAGUGUGUUUUUCCUCACAGCAAUGAGCAUAGCCCGCUACUACUCCAUAUCAUCUGCACUAAAGAUGCACAGCCGACGGGCCGCGGCCACUCGAGCAAAGUGGACCAGUCUGGGCAUCUGGUUCGUGUCCUUACUGGCCACUCUGCCUCACGCCAUCUAUUCCACCAGUGUGGAGGUGUCAGAUGAGGAGCUGUGUCUGGUGCGCUUCACAGAGACAGGCAGCUGGGAUCCACAGUUGCUUUUGGGUCUGUACCACUUGCAGAAAGUUCUGUUGGGUUUCCUGCUCCCACUGAUCAUCAUCAGCGUCUGCUAUCUGCUUCUGCUGCGUGUCAUCCUCAGCCGGCGUAUCACCAGUGCAGCGGGACCUGAAGUGGAACAGGGCAGGCAGAAGCGCCGUUCCAAAGUCACUAAGUCCAUCAUCAUUGUAGUGCUAUCAUUCUUUUUGUGCUGGUUACCUAAUCAGGCAUUGACAUUAUGGGGGGUGCUCAUAAAGUUUGACCUGGUGUAUUUCAGCAAGGCUUUUUACAAUGCCCAAGCCUAUGCUUUCCCUCUGACAGUGUGUCUGGCUCACACUAACAGCUGCCUUAACCCAGUGCUCUAUUGUCUGAUCCGGCGUGAGUUUCGGGCAGGACUUAAGGAGCUUCUUCUUCACGCCACUCCGUCUCUGAGAAGAGUGACUCAUCUUCUGCCACGCAAAACUAAGGUGGCUGCACCACCUGCUCUGGUGCUAGACCAAGGGGAUGCCUGA